AUGUGCCUGCCGAAGAGGAAUAUGUGUCAGUUGCUUUUGGAGGAUUGCCGGUUAGUGAAGGGCGUACCGUCAAGGGUGUCAGCCAGUGCGGCACCCGAUCUGCGUGGCCCACCUGGGCCCGGCGAAGCAGCGCCGGGGCGCAGCCCGAGGGGAGGGCCCGGGAGGAGCAGGAGGAGGAGGAGGCGGGAGCUGGAAGCGGCCGGCGCGGCGGCGCCACGUGACGGCCAUGGAAUGCAGCAGCGCUCGCGGCCGCCGCCGUCGCCGCCGUCACGCUCUGCUGGUCGCGCCGGCAGCGCCGUGGCGGACGCGCGGGCAGGCGGCCGGGCGACCGGGCGGCUGGGCGGCUGGGACAGUGGGCCGCGCACCCGGGCCCUUCCGCGCCUGCAAUCGCAUCGCCGCCACACUCACUCCAACACCUGCUGCCUCUUACAACAGCCUUCACAUCAAGGAGGUCAACUGAAGGGUACCGGCAUUCGACUUGCAGCCACAUAUGAUUGAAACAACGAUAUGAUAAUCAUGUCUGAUUGGAUAAAGCUUUUCAAGAGAUGUGUUAAGCGCAACUUUAGAAUGACAGCCUUACAAUUGCAAUACUUCUUCCCCGCUAUUCGAAAGAAGCACAUAAUUCUAUUUCUUAUUCUGUUUGUUAUUCUGCAUUUCUUUGGAGCGUUUACACAUAUUUUUGAAGAAGACUUCUUCGAAAACUUUCAAUACCCUUUGGAAGGUGAUAUUCGUGUUUAUGUAGAACAAAUGAAAAAUCAUGAAAAACCUAGUGUACAACCAAUCAAUGAAUACAAUUAUCCAUUCUUAUCUACUUGUGAGGAAAAAUGUAAGCUGGGACAUGGUGAGAAAUUGCGCUUAGUAUACAUUGUUAAAUCAGCGAUAAAUCACUUUGACAGAAGACGUGCCAUAAGGAAUACGUGGGGUUAUGAAAAGCGUUUUUCUGAUGUUCCAAUAAGAACUGUUUUUAUAUUAGGAAAGAAUGAUGAUGUUGAACUACAAAGGAGAAUUGAAGAAGAACAAAAGCAUUACAGAGAUAUUGUGCAAGCUGAUUUUGUUGAUACUUAUUUCAAUAACACUAUAAAAACAAUGAUAGGUUUUAAGUGGGCAAUGUUAUAUUGUACAAAUUCUAAAUUUUAUAUGUUCAGUGAUGAUGAUAUGUAUGUUUCUACCAAAAACGUAUUACGAUUUGUUAGAAAUCCCACUCACUAUCCACAAUAUAUGAUAGAUCCUAAUUUAAUACAUGAUCCACGAAUACCAGACAGGCUGGUUGCCCAACAUAUAACUAUUGCAAGCUAUCCCAAGACUCCUACACUUAAUAACAGAAAUAUUCCUAACUUGAUGGAUUUUGAAUUACCAGAUGAUGUUGAAUUAUUUACAGGAUUUGUAUUUUUCUCUGCACCACAUAGACAUUAUAGUAGUAAAUGGUAUAUUUCUCUUUCAGAAUAUCCUUACCAUAUGUGGCCUCCAUAUGUUACUGCUGGUGCUUACAUUCUUUCAUCCAAUGCUUUGGAAAACAUGUAUUAUGCUAGUUAUUUUACCAAGCACUUUAGGUUUGACGAUGUGUACCUAGGAAUACUUGCAAAGAAAAUGGGCAUUGAACCUUACCAUUGCAAUGAAUUUUACUUUUAUAAAAAGGAAUAUAAAAUUUAUCAGUAUCGCUACGUGAUAGCAUCUCAUGGAUAUCAUAAUCCAGAGGAACUUAUCCAUGUAUGGAAUGAAAUGAAGAGUGCUGGCUAUGCAUAAACCAAAAAACUUCAGGCAGUUUUACUUUUUUAUCAAUAAGGAAGGACCAAUUUUGUUCACUUAUGUAUAAUGUAAAUAUUCUUAAUACACAUUGGAAUAAAUUUUGUAUUGUUAAUUAA